UGAAAAUCUUUUAAGCAACAUAAAAAUUUGGAAACCUUGUCAAUGUUUUCGUAUUUGGUUAACACACGAAACGGAAAAAUGACUUUGGCUAACGUAUUUACAGUUUUAGCUCUAAGUUGGUUGCUGGCGGUCAAAGCUAGCCCUGAAGAAGACAACCUAAAAGAACACAAUCGGCUUAGGGAGAAGCACGGCGUUCCCGCGCUGACGUUGGACGACAGUCUUUCUAAGGACUGCGCAGAGUAUGCGCAAGUGCUAGCCGAAAAGGGAUCGUUGGUGCAUUCGCCUGAUGGUGGCCUGAAAUAUGGUGAAAACUUAUGCCUGAGGUCUGAAGCACCUCUUAGAUGUGUUCAAGACUGGUACGACGAAAUCAAAGAGUACGACUUUGCUAAAGCACAGUUUACCAUGAAUACUGGCCAUUUUACUGCACUGGUUUGGAAAAGUGCAAAAAAAAUGGGUCAUGGCCAAGCCAAAAGUAAGAAUGGGAUCUACUUCGUGGUAGCAAGAUAUUAUCCACCAGUAAACAUUUAUGGACAGUUCAAAGAAAAUGUCCCGAAGCCGAUUGACGGCGUUGAAGGUGGAAGUAGUACUACUGAUGGCAACGUUAAUAUGGUACAAGCUAACGCCGUUCUCAUUUUGUUUGCUUUGUGUCUGCACUUUACAAAAUAAGAUAACUUUUUAAUGUGCAUGACCGACUGAAAAUUUUUAGUUUAUCAAUUUAAAAAUAUAAUUUUUUUUGGUGUUAAUAAGCUUUGUUUAUUUAAAAAGGAUACAGAAAAAUUAUAUCUGACCUAAAUCAAAAUCGA